AUGGGUAAUACGCCCCAGCAUUACUCAGAACCCGAACCCUCCUCUCUGGCCAAGCUGACCGAGCGCAGGGUCGACUACUCUGUUAUCGACGCGAGCCAACGAUGGCGCAUGCUCCGUUCGCAAAAGCGCUUCUUUUUCUGGUGCCUCUGGGUAUCCAGCGGAGUGAUCAUGCAAGGGUUCGACAUCGUUGCCGGUGGCCAACUUGCUGCACUGCCAGAAUUCCAGAAACAAUUUGGACGUCUACAAUCCGACGGCUCGCACAUUAUCCCUGCGCAUUAUCUGUCUGCGUGGAAUUCCAUUGCGCCGGCGUGUGAGAUUGCGUCGACGUUUAUCUACGCUCCGCUGCUUGAGAAAUAUGGUCGGAAACCUGGGAUCUUGGUGGCGUCUGUGAUUUCUGUUGCGGGGGUGCUGCUUCAGCAACUUGCGAUGGACUGGAAGGUGCAUUUGGCUGGGAGGGGUGUUAAUGGCAUUGCGAUCGGGAUGAUGUUCACUAUAUCGCCCUUGUGGAUUGGGGAGACAUGUCGGCCGGAGCUACGAGGGUUCUUCCUGUGCUUCUUCAAUACUAGUAUCGUGUUUGGACAGUUCGCUAUUGCUGCCGUAUCCAGAGGAAGCAGCUAUCUUGAGGGCAAAUGGCAAUGGUGGCUCCCAGUCGUGAGCAUGUACAUUUUCCCCGCAAUCCUCACAGCCGGCUGGUUCUUCUUCCCCGAAUCGCCAUACUGGCUCGUGCGACAAGGCAACACCACUGCGGCGCGAAAGUCCCUCCAGCGAGUCUACGGAUUCCAGAACCCCGCCUUCUAUACCGUCGAGGUCCACCGCAUCCAAUCCGAAAUUGACCAAGCAAUGUCGAUUCAGGCAAGUCUCGCACAGCGGAGCACACGGCGUACAUUCCUAGGCCUCAAUCUUGCGGCCGAAGCCGAGUGCUUCGACGCCAUGAACCGCAAACGCACCCUGACAGCCAUAUUCGCCGCCAGCGGCCAGCAGAUGAUCGGCGCAACGUUCGUCAUCGGGUACGCGACCUACUUCCUUGACCUGAUUGGCGUCAAGGACUACUUUGAUGCCUCGAUCGUCCUCUACGUCGUGAUGCUGCUGGCCAGCAUGACCGCGUUCCCACUGACAGAGAUCCUCGGGCGCCGAACCAUGAUUGUAAUCCCGCAGUUCGUCCUCUGCUGUAUGCUUCUGCUAAUCGGAAUCUUGGGAUGCGUUCCGGACCAUGGAAAGGCGAGCUGGGGAAUCAUCGUGUUUAUAUACAUCUGGGCGAUUAUCUACCAGUUGUCCAUUGGUGCCGUGGGCUUUGUGCUUGCGUCUGAGAUUUCGACUGCGCGGCUGAGGAGUACCACGCAGGGGCUUGUGACGAUCACAAAUGCAGCAUGGGGCCUUGUUAUGCAGUUUACCAUUCCGUAUAUGAUCAAUCCCGAUGCGGGAAAUCUCGGUGGCAAGGUCGGGUUCAUCUUCCUCGGAACGGGCCUGGUCGCAGCCAUCGGUGGGUGGUACCUAUAUCCAGAAACCAAGGGCAUCUCGUUUGAACGGAUGGACGAACUGUACGCGAGCGGGACCGCGCCGCGACAUUUUCGCGCCGUGAGCGGACAGAGGGCAGAGACUCAGGACUCCAAGACGGAGCCGCCGGUCCAUAUGGAGGAAGUAAAUGUUUGA